AUGCUAGCACCAAGCCUUCGCUACGAAAAGUUAUACAGUAAAGAACCUCUGAAGAGAAACACAUUUGAUACACCAAAUAAUAGAGGGAAAAAGGCAAAAGUGAAUCCCAUCAACGAAAACAACGCACGAGCAGCGGCACGGAACUACAGAUCAAGACAACACUACUUUGUUUCGGCAAAUUGGUCUAUUGGAUCGAACAUCCAUACAAUUAAGAUGGAUCCCAAUGGUAGUAAUGCUGGUAAUAAUAAUCCCAAUGGAAAUCCGACGAACAACCGUCUUCACUUGAAUUUCGGCAACGACAGAUUCGCUCCAAACGAUCGUGCAUACCCAACGACCCCAUCAACAUUCCCAAAUCCAAUAUUUCCGGGUGGAGGACAAGGACAAGCUCAGCAGCCACAGCAACCACAGCAGCAACCACAGCAACAGCAGGCUCAACAAGGCUCUCAGCAAUCAUACAAUCAGGGAUUUACACCAUCUGCAGGAUACUUCAUGAAUAAUCCAUACCCCCCCUCGGGCUACCCUCAACAACAGGUUCCUGGUGGAUAUCAACAGCAACAACCGCAACAGCAACCUUACCAACAAAGAUCUGUUAAUUUACAAACCGAUUCUACAAAUGGGCUGGCUCAUCAGUUCUCUCACCAAAACCUGGGUGGGGGCAGAGGAUCACCGUAUGGUAAUCGUCAAGUAUCUCCAGGUCAAAGUCAAAGACCAAGGACAGCUGGAGCACCAAGCCAGCAGCAAGGUUACUCGAGCUACCUAAAUCCUAUGCCGACGCAGGCUUCACAGCAAAAUCGGCCAGAGUUUCAGCCAGCUCCGGAGCGAAAUCCAGAUCGAUAUGGUAACCUGACACAAAACAACCAGAAGAAGUGUUCACAAUUGGCUGCAGACUUCUUCAAAGACAGUGUUAAGAGGGCCAGAGAUCGAAAUGUCAGACAAAGUGAAAUGGAGCAACGACUAUCCGAUCCCAACCAAUCCCAAUCACGACGAGAACAAACUUGGUCAAACGCGGGCAAGCAAGAGGGCAAAUAUCUACGAUUUUUACGCACCAGAGACCGACCGGACAACUACAGCACACUGAAGAUUAUUGGAAAGGGAGCUUUCGGAGAAGUCAAGUUGGUGCAAAAGAAGCAAGAUGGCAAAGUUUAUGCUAUGAAAUCUUUGAUCAAGACUGAGAUGUUCAAGAAGGAUCAAUUGGCACAUGUUCGUGCUGAGAGAGAUAUCUUGGCCGAGUCCGACAGUCCCUGGGUUGUUAAGCUCUUCACAACCUUCCAAGAUCAAGAUUUUCUCUACAUGUUGAUGGAGUUUUUGCCAGGAGGAGAUUUGAUGACUAUGCUCAUCAAAUAUGAGAUCUUUUCUGAAGAUAUUACAAGAUUUUAUAUUGCAGAAAUUGUGUUGGCUAUUGAAGCUGUACAUAAGCUUGGUUUCAUUCACCGUGAUAUCAAACCUGAUAAUAUUUUACUUGACCGAGGUGGACAUGUUAAAUUGACUGAUUUUGGUCUCUCUACUGGUUUUCAUAAACUACAUGACAACUCCUAUUAUCAGCAAUUGUUGACAGGAAAGUCAAAUAAGCCAAAAAACAACAGGCAAUCAGUCAACCUUGACGAGAUCAAUCUCACAGUUAGUAAUCGAAGUGUUAUCAAUGACUGGAGAAAGUCUCGAAGGGUCAUGGCUUAUUCAACCGUUGGUACACCUGAUUAUAUCGCUCCGGAAAUCUUUAGUGGCCAUGGCUAUUCUUAUGAUUGUGAUUGGUGGAGUCUUGGCACGAUUAUGUUCGAAUGUCAAGUCGGAUGGCCCCCUUUUUGUGCUGAAGAUGCCCAUGAUACAUAUCGAAAAAUCGUCGCCUGGCGUCAAAAUCUUUACUUUCCCGAGGAAGUUCAACUUGGACCGGAAGCCGAAAAUCUUAUUCGAAGUCUUGUUUGUAAUUCAGAGAACCGACUUGGACGAGUAUCUGCGGAUGAAAUUAAGAACCACAAGUUCUUCCGUGGUGUCGAAUUUGAUACCUUACGACGUAUUCGUGCUCCAUUCGAGCCCAAGCUGGCUUCCAAUGUUGAUACCACAUAUUUCCCGACUGACGAGAUUGAUCAAACCGAUAACGCAACUCAUCUGAAACAAGCUCAAGCUGCAGCUGCUAUCAGUGGUGCGCCUCGGGAGGAAGUGCCAGAGAUGAGUUUGCCAUUCAUUGGUUACACAUUCAAGAGAUUUGAGUCCAACUACAGAUGA